GAAUGCCUCUGCAUGGCUGGCCGUCGUUUGCUCCGAAGGGCGCCAUCGCCGUUCGAGCCUGCGGCAACUUCAAAUGAUGGCCCGAUGAGCUCUCACAAGACUAGCUGCUGCUUAAUUGCUGUUGAUGCAUGUCUUUGCCACAAGUCGCUCGGAGAUGGCGCCGACAUGCCCGUCAGCUUUGUUGGGCAUCAGGUUAACUGUCGUGGGGGUGGGUGGUGGUGGACUGCGUACACGAACGGAUUCACGCUUCUUAUCUGGCUUGGAUGAUUCGGCAAGGCUUUGCCCUGCGUGCGCACCUCGUGCUCGCCAUGCCAAUGAGCAAGCUGAACCCUGCGCCCAUCGUCUUGUCAAGGAGAGGCAUAUCCUGUGCCUGACUCGAAGCUGACCGAAAGCUUGCGCCACGGCAAUCUCUGCGAACGGCAAGACCGCGUCGCGUGUGAACGAAGCACGCCAUUCGCAACUUCGGCCCCAUCUCACAAGCAACGCUGAAGGUCUUGCCUGCAAAAGGUCCCCUGAAAAAGAUUCAUAAACGAGCCGCACUGGCAAGCCACAUUUAGCGAAGUCUUCCGUCAUCAUUCUUGCCCCCGUACCAUCCUGAUCAAGCAUACGCAAAAU